CCUCCGGCCAGCAGCGGCAGCACUGAGUACACACGGCUGCACGAACUACUGCUUUGCCUGCAGGUUUUUUGGUUCUGGGGUUUUUCUUCUCUGCAGUCGUUAAUAGAAAACCUUCAUCAUGGAGCCACGGAUCUCUAAAACCUUUAACUGACGGUUUGUGUCUUUAAACAAAACAAGCUGGACCUGUGGCAGUCGGAACCACCAGACCUGUUUCUAUUAGCUGCAGCUAGCUGCUCGGCCCGGUUUAGUCUUUAUUCCCGACGGGGCCUGGAUGAGAGGAGACGAUGGAUGGAGUGAAGGUGGAAGAGGAGGAAGGAGGAGAUGAUUGUCAGCAGCUUCCUGAGGAAGACUCGCCGGGGAUUCCUGAGCCACGGGUUCUGUCCUCGGCUCCAGAACCGGCUCCAGAACCGGCUCCAGAACCGGCUCCAGAACCGGCUCCAGAACCGGCUCCGGAUCAGGCCAAACCCAAACGGCGUCACUGCUGCUCCAUCUGCGGCCGGGAGUUCGCCGGUCCGUCCCGCCUGGCGGACCACGUGGCCACGCACUACGGCUACAAGCCCCACAGCUGCUCCGUCUGCGGCAAACGCUUCACCAAGAAGGUGAACGUCUUCGUGCACCAGCGCGUCCACACCGGCGAGAAGCCGUACUCCUGCCCCCACUGCGGCGUCAGCUACGCCCAGCGCGGCUGCCUGAGGAGGCACCUCCUCAUCCACGCCCCCGAGAAGCCCUUCACCUGCUCGCUGUGCGGCCGCGGCUUCGUCCAGCGCCGCUACCUGGUCCAGCACGAGCGCACCCACACCGGCGAGAAGCCCUUCUCCUGCCCGCUGUGCCCCAAACGCUUCGCCUCGCGCAGCGGCCUCUCCGACCACCAGAAGACCCACCAGGAGCAGAAGCAGCACUGCUGCCUGCUCUGCGGCAAGGCCUUCUACUCCGCCUCCUCCUUCAGGGACCACGUCAGGAACCACACGGGGCGCAAGCUCCACCCCUGCUCGCUGUGUGGGAGGAGCUUCAACCGGCCCAGCCUCCUGAAGAAGCACCUGCAGAAACACGCAGACGGGACCUUGGAGAAGGAGGAGGCGGCUCUGCGCUGCCUCCUGUGUCAGGAGGACUUCUCCUCGGCCAAGGAGGCCAAGGAGCACGAGCGCCGGCACCACGCCGCCACCCGGCUCGCCUGCGACGUCUGCGGCCGCGCCUUCAGCCGGCCGUCCCGGCUCAAGGACCACAUGAGGUCGCACACCGGAGAGCGGCCGUUCCAGUGCGACGUCUGCAAGACCCGCUUCACGGUGCUGAGGGCGCUGAGGAAGCACCAGGAGAUCCACAGCAGGCCGGAACGCCACGCCCACACGGCGCCGGGGGACCGGCCGCCGGCAGCAGAACAGAAAUCAGACGAGGUUCUGGAGGCGGACCGCCGGGAAGAGGAGACGGCGCCUUCACCGACCCGCGAGGAAGCAGCGGUUCUGUUGGACCUCCUCCCUCCUGCUCCUCCUCCCGUCAGAACCCAGGAGCCGCUCAGCUGCUCCCUCUGUGAGCAGAACUUUCUGGACCGGCCCGCGUUGGAGGACCACCUGAAAACCCACGAGGCGGCAGAGACCCUGGAGACCUCCAGGAGUCCAGGAGCGAGGAAGAAGAGGAGGAACCACUGCUGCAGCAUCUGCUCCAGGAGGUUCCUGAAGCCCUGCCUGCUGCGGGACCACAUGAGGGUCCACAUCAGGGAGGGGCAGCUCCCCGACCCGGCUGACAAGGAGUUCUGGCUCCACAUGAGAACCGGUCCGAAGAAGAAGGGGAUGAAGGAGGACGGUGCAGACAGACGGCGCUCAGCACAGCCCUCCACCUCCGCCGACCCCGUCGUCUCUGGAGCCACGCCUCCUGCGGGUAACCAUGACGACCAGGGCGACGCGCCGUCUGAGGGAAACGUGUGUGAGCAGCCCCAGGAGGAGGACGUCAGUGGUCUGAUCAACUCUGAUGGAGAAGAGGAGCGCUGGGAGUCAGAGUGUCCCGAUCCAAAGAGCCGCUCCGACCCGCCGACGGCCGGCGGCUCCGCAGGGAAAGCCCAGACGUGCUGUCCGGUGUGCGGCCGGGACUGCUUCAAGGCGUCGGCGCUGAAGAAGCACCUGCGCAUUCACUCGGGCGAGCGUCCCUUCCAGUGUCCCACCUGCAGCAAGAGCUUCGUCCAGUACGUCCACAUGACGGAGCACCAGAGGAUCCACACCGGCGAGAAGCCCUUCACCUGCGCCGUCUGCAGCAAGAGCUUCACCUUCUCCAGCGCCCUGCGCCGCCACCGCCGCGUCCACACCAACGAGCGGCCCUUCCACUGCGCCGUCUGUCCCAAGACCUUCAAGCAGGUCUGCGACCUCAAGGACCACCAGCUGAUCCACACAGGUGUGCGCUACCAGUGCCCGCUGUGCAGCAAGAGCUUCAGCCGCGCCCUGGAGCUCACCUACCACGUAGACGUGCACUCAGACGCCAAGCCCUACUUCUGCAGCAUCUGCCAGAAGAACCUGAGCGGCGCCAGGACCUUCCGCCGCCACAUGAAGAAGCACGAGGCGGACAAGUCCAAGAUGGACGCGUCUGCGGUGGGGGCGGAGCCUGAGGGGACCGUGACCGCUCAGGAGGCGUGACGAGGAGAGCGGCCAAUCAGGAGAGGAGGAGGAGACGCUUCAGCAUCCUUGUGCCGCCAUCUUUAGAGUAGACCAUGUGACCUGAGCUCUAUUAUCCACUGGAGUGCUAAUCACCGUCUGUUAGAACGAGUCGCUUUGAAGCCACCAGCCGCCAUAUUGGUACUCCCUAUUUCCCCCCAGUAACUAGGGAAUAUGUGC